CCUGGACUCAAAGAUGUUCCGAGCAACCAGAGGACACUAUCUUUAAUAACAAUCCUGUUGGGACUCGCAUGCGGACAUCUUGGGACUCACAAUGGGCGGGAAGCAGUCUCGCGGCUUCUCCAACAGAGAACUGAGCGAGGCGAGUGUGAUUCAAGGCAGCAGGAGCGCUGGAAACGAGCAAGCCGGCUUGUCAUCUGCCGCAGAGAGAAUCCGCCGACACGCCACGGUGCACUUCGGCUACAGCACCCUCAGCUUGGCCAUGCGGGGCCUGGAUGACGCCCCAGUCGAGCUGUGGGAGCUGCGAGAGCUGCAGAAGCUCAACUUGUCCAUGAACUGUUUGUGCUCCCUGCCACCCACCCUCAGUGCCCUGGACAACCUGGUGGUGCUCAACCUGUGGGGCAAUAACCUGACCAGUCUGCCUCCCGAGAUUGGACUCCUGAAGAAGCUCCGUGUGCUCUUCGCCUGCCGCAACCGCUUAAGUGAGGUGCCUGAGGAGCUGGGCUCCUGCGCCGGCCUGGAAGUACUCAGCCUGGCCAACAACCAGAUCACCAGCUUGCCAGGGAGCUUGGCAGCCAUGCGCAACCUGACCAAGCUCAACCUGAGCCACAACCGCAUCGCCCACAUCCCAACCUGCGUCUACAGCAUGAAGGGUCUGGUCUUUCUUCAACUGGCCUGCAACCGUCUGGAGACAAUUGCGGACCAGAUCCAGGACUUGGUCAACCUCAAGAUCCUCAUUGUGGAGGGGAACAGCAUCCACACUUUGCCUAAGACGCUGUGCUUCCUGGACUCCUUGGAGCUCCUCAACGUGGACUUCAAUGAACUGCAAAGCGUGCCGGUGGAACUGUACCUGCUGAGUCGGCUCAGGAAGCUGGCCUGCCACCCUAUGGACAAAGGACUCCAUAUUUUACAUAACCCGCUUCUCAAGCCCAUUAAGGAGGUUCUGCAAGGAGGACUUAGCUCCCUGUACAACUACCUCAAGCCCACGUGAAUCUCUACCGCUGUUUUGUCCGACACGGGGCACGUGGGUGGUCAUGCUGCUAUCACAAGCUCUCCCCCGGCCGACCACGUAUGCCAUCCAUACCCCUAUUACAGUAGUGUUACAUCACAGGGCAUCACACAAAUAGAUUUAAGCGUUUGGCUGUAAAUAAACACCGACAAACCGCCGUCAUGCCUGCAAUGCGUAGCGCGCGUGUGUGGGUAAUCCGCAGUUAAGGGUUGAAAUGAGUCGGAAAAAUUCACAGGCCUACAUUUGGAGGCUGAUUAGUGUUGGUGGUGGGCUGAGGGGUAUCACACACACGCUGUGUUGCAUUCAGGUCAUAGGGAUCAGUUGUGUAAAGUCAAUGGAAAGAACAGUAAAGCAGCAUCACAAGUGAGA